AUGUUAUUGACAAUUGAAGAAUUAUUUAUUGAAAAUCUUUAUAAUUCAAACCUAACGAAAACUAUGCUAUUUACAUUAUUGCUAUCUGUUGUAUUCUCUUUUGAAAUAAAAAUGUGCAAAUUACAAAAUAAAGUGAUUUGUGUUUUACCAACUGUGGAGUGCCCAUUUGGAUAUCAAUGGAGUGUUGUUGAUGAGAUUUUAAAACUCCAUCAACUCAUUCAAAACGAAAAUACAACAAUUGGUUGUAAUGUUUUGAAACGGUUUGAUGUUAUUUAUUUCGCUAACAAACAACUUACCCAAAAUACUACAACAACUACAAAAACAUUAGAAAAAUAUAAAAAACAUGAUUUGUUUAUCAAAAACCAAACAAAAAUCAUUUUAAAUGGAAAUUACUGUGGAAAUUACCCAAAUUGUGCUUCUUGUACAUCAGUGAACGGUAUUUAUCACUGUAAUCAAUGUAUAGAUGGAUUUUAUAAAAGUGACGAGUAUUCGUGCUCACAGUGUUAUUCUGGUUGUGCAAAUUGUACGGGGAGUGGAUACACAGAAUGUACAUCAUGUGUGACACCUGGUUAUUAUCGUGAUAAUAUUACAUGUGUGGCUUGUGUUGUAGGAUGUGCUGGUUACACAUGUUAUAAAUGUUACACUGGAUGUAGAAAUUGCACAUCUAGCAAAAAAAGGGAUUGUACAUCGUGUGUGGAAGGGUAUUAUAAAAGUGGUGGUUAUUGUUAUGAGUGUUACACUGGAUGCCUGACAUGUACAGGUCCAUCAAAUGGAUUAUGUAGUACUUGUGCAAAGGGAUAUUACUUGACAUAUAACAGUUGUUUAAAGUGUUCAGUUGGGUGUUUGGAUUGUACCAGUUCUAAAGAUGGAUACUGUCAAAUAUGUGAAAGUGGCUAUUUUUGGAGUGAAGGCAAAUGUGUUCGGUGUUACACUGGAUGUAGUACCUGUAAUAACACAAACAACAUAAGUUGUUUUUCGUGUGUGACUGGAUACUUUUUGAAUAGGUUUUCGUGUGUUCAAUGCAGUGUAGGGUGCGCUACUUGCAGAGAAAAUGGAGAGAAUUGUGGUACCUGUAUAAGUGGAUAUUAUUUAAGUGGAAGUAAAUGUAUACAAUGUCCCACUGGGUGCGAAACGUGUUUUGAUUCUGGGUAUUCGACUCCGCGAUGUAUGUCUUGUUUUGAUGGGUAUUAUCGAAGUAGUUAUUCGUGUUUUGCAUGUACAGAAGGGUGUCAAACACGUUCAUCAAAUUUGAAUUGUUAUUCAUGUAUAAAUGGAUAUUCAUUGUAUGGGAUUUCAUGCCACCAAUGUUAUGAUGGGUGUUCAACAUGCAACAAUUCCAUAUUAAAUGGAUAUUGUUUAGAUUGUGUAUCGGUAGGGUAUUACUAUGAUAAUGGAUAUUGUAAUAACUGUUCUGUUAAUUGUCGAACGUGUGAAGGUAGUUCUUCAAAUUGCACUUCGUGUGAAGAUGGGACUUUUUACUUAAAAGACAACAAAUGUUUAAAAUGCAACAAUUGUGGAGAUGGAAAUUGCCAUCAACACGGGUGCACCAAAUGUACAAACGUCAAUUAUUAUACGAGUGGUUACGAUUGUAUGAUAUGUGAUGAAUCAUGUCAAACGUGUGAUGGUGGGUUGAACACCAAUUGCCUUUCAUGUAAAAUUGGUUUUUAUUUGGAUAACAAACAAUGUAAAAGAUGUGAUAGUAAUUGUGAUAGAAACAAGUGUGACACGGUCAAUGGAUGUACAUCAUGCAAAGAAAACUACUUUGCAUUUAAAAAGACGUGCCACCCAUGUUCUGAUAUUUCAAAUUGUUUGAGUUGUAGUCCAACAAACAAAAAAUGCACAACAUGUUCACCACAUUUUGAAAUAAGAGAUGGCGUUUGUAUAUGCAAUGCUGGUUAUUACUUGAGUUCAUCAAACACGUGUACACUAUGUUACGAUAAUACACAACAUGGAAAUUGCAAAACAUGUCACUCGAGUGAUGAAACACAAUUCGAAGAAGUGUGUGACUUGUGUUACCCACCUUUUGUUUUAAAUACCGACGCUUCAUCGUGUUCUAAAUGUUCGAAUGGUUCUCAUUAUAAUAACAAUCGAUGUGUAGCUGAAAAUCAAAACUGUCUUGCAAGAGUAAACAUGACAACUUGUGUCAAAUGUGAUGAGAAUUAUUACCUCAAAGACUUUUUAUGUGUAUUAACAUUAUUUGAUUCAGAAUGUAUUUCAAAAGGAAAAAUCACUUGUGAAGACUGUGAAAGUGGUAUUUCUGUACAACUCAAUUGUAAUAAUGAAAUAAACAACUGUAAAUAUUAUUACAUCAAUAAAUUAAAAGGUGUCACAAAGUGUUUGAACUGUGUUGACAACUAUUUAUAUACAAGCAAUGAAAUAAUGUGUAUUAUCGUUGCGAAGCAAAUCAAUUUCUUGAUCAGAAUAUGA